GCCGCCUUAUCAGCCGCCCGAUAAGCAAGCAAGCUCGAAAAAAAAUCCGCUGGCGCAUUCGCAUUCCGACACAGCAACCGACACAAUCAUCCACGAUGGCCGCCGAUCUCAGCAAGAAGAGGAAAUUCAAGGAUGGCAAGGGUUCAAAAUCUGAGUCCCUUGCCGCGGCCCCUUCGAACGCUAAAAAGCUAAAGAGAGACCCAACCCCGGAAGUGAGCGACGCUGAAAGCGACAGUAGCAGCGAUAGCGGCCAAGAGAUCGACGACAAGGAGUCCGAAGCUGAAGAUGACCGCUCGGAGGAGCACGGCUCGGAGGACAAAGAUUUUGAGGACGAGGAGGCGCAACAAGACAAAGACAGUCCCAAGACACAGGACGGGUUGGCGGAAUUGGAAGAUCUCCCAACGGACAACGGCUCACUUCUCGCUCCGCCCUUGUCGACCGGCGCCCAGUCAUUCUCCGAGCUCAAUCUUUCCGAAAAAACCAUGAAGGCGAUUGAGGAAAUGGGUUUCACCAAGAUGACCGAGAUUCAACGGCGAGGCAUCCCCCCCCUUCUCGCAGGCAAGGACGUGCUGGGGGCAGCCAAGACAGGUUCGGGAAAGACGCUUGCCUUCCUCAUCCCGGCUAUCGAGAUGCUCAGUUCGUUGCGGUUCAAGCCGCGGAACGGCACCGGCGCUAUCGUUGUCACACCCACGCGCGAGCUAGCUCUGCAGAUCUUUGGCGUUGCGAGAGAGCUGAUGAAAAACCACUCACAAACCUACGGGGUGGUUAUCGGAGGAGCAAACCGAAGAGCUGAGGCCGAGAAGCUGGGAAAGGGAGUCAACCUUCUCAUUGCCACGCCCGGCCGCCUGCUUGAUCAUCUCCAGAACACCCCUUUCGUCUUCAAGAAUCUCAAGUCCCUGAUCAUUGACGAGGCUGACCGGAUAUUGGAGAUCGGGUUCGAAGACGAGAUGCGCCAGAUCGUCAAGAUCCUGCCCAAGGACGAGCGUCAAACCAUGCUGUUUUCCGCCACCCAGACGACAAAGGUCGAGGAUCUCGCCAGGAUCUCGCUCCGUCCCGGGCCGCUCUACAUCAACGUUGACGAAGAGAAACAGUUCAGCACGGUCGAAGGCCUAGACCAGGGAUACGUGGUCGUCGACGCCGAUAAGCGCUUCCUCCUGCUCUUCUCGUUCCUGAAGAAGAUGGCCAAGAAGAAGAUCAUUGUCUUCUUCUCUUCCUGCAACUCGGUCAAGUACUACAGUGAGCUUCUCCAGUAUAUUGAUCUGCAGGUGCUCGACCUCCAUGGCAAGCAGAAGCAGCAAAAGAGAACCAACACGUUUUUCGAGUUCUGCAACGCCAAGCAGGGCACGCUGAUAUGCACCGACGUGGCUGCCCGUGGCCUCGAUAUCCCAGCAGUGGACUGGAUCGUCCAGUUCGACCCGCCAGAUGACCCCCGAGAUUACAUCCACCGGGUCGGCCGGACGGCAAGAGGCAACAACUCCAAGGGCCGCUCCCUGCUGUUCUUGCAGCCGAGCGAGCUUGGCUUCCUGGCCCAUCUCAAGGCCGCCAAGGUGCCGGUGGUCGAGUACGACUUCCCCAAGAACAAGAUCCUCAACGUGCAGUCCCAGCUCGAAAAGCUCAUUGGGAGCAACUACUACUUGAACCAGAGCGCCAAGGACGGGUACCGUUCUUACAUCCAUGCCUACGCCUCCCACAGCCUCCGGAGUGUCUUUGAUAUCCACAAGCUUGACCUGGUCAAGGUGGCCAAGAGCUUCGGAUUCUCUACGCCACCCAGGGUCGACAUCACCCUGGCGGCCGGGAUGAGCAGGGACAAGAAGUCCCAGGGCAGAAGGGCGUACGGGAGUCAACCAAGGCAGGGGGGACAUCACCGCAAGUGAUUUGCGCGUGUAAUUGACAGGUUAGGAGUACGACUUGCCGCCGGUUCCCUAUUGCACAACGUUUUGUUAUGGAGUUCCGGCGUCGAAAGAAAGGGAAGGAAUUGCAUACUCUGUGGUGAACGGCUGCAUUACUGAGCUGAGUAGAUAGAUAUCUCUUUGCUAGUCAGACCGUCUAGGUAUUCCACUGCAUUUCAUGAGACUUAUUGCCAU